GAAGGCAGCGGAGGCACACUAAGGGAAGCAGAGCGACCGACGACAGUUCGAGAGGGGAAACUUUAUUGAUAGCGUACGAUGAAGACGCUGCUGGUGCUGUAUUUGUGCGUUUACGUCGCCUGGGCUCAGGACAAUCUGGACUAUGACGACUACGGCACGGACGCGAAUGCAUCAAACAAGAACGCAACGACCGGAACAAGCGUGGACGCUCGUGGUCACCGCCCGCUAAUGAAAGGCAGAGAGAGCUACAGCCGGAACCGCUACAGCCCUCCGCCAGUCGGCGGCGUCAGCAGGUAUCGCGGCCGCCCGACUCCGGCGCCGGUCGGAGGUCAGCAGGUGCAGGAGAAGGAGCCACAGCCCGACGCCGGAGGAUGCACUCAUGCUUCGGAGAUGAUGGGCGUCUUGUGUCCCACCGGCUGCGAGCUGAAGACCACGCUGCUGAAGCAGGAGACUGACGUCAAGACGAGCAUCAAUCAACUCAAGCCUCAGGUGGACGACUUGUCCCGAUCCUCCAACAACAUCUUCAACUACGUCAACAGCAUGUCCAACUCUCUGAGGGAGAGGCAGCGAGUCUUUAACGACAACAGCCGAGUGGUGAGUCAAUACACCGACCGGGUGGAGGAACAGCAUGCCUACAUCAAGGAGACUGUGGACACGCUUUUCCCAUCAAACAUCAGAGUGCUGCAGGGAGUUCUGGACAAGAUCCGGCUGAAGAUCCAGAAGCUGGAGAAGGCCAUCCAGGCCCAGAAGGAGGAGUGCAAGGAGCCGUGCAAGACCAAGUGUCCCAUACCAGUGGUGUCCGGUAAGGAGUGUGAGGAUAUUUUCCGUCGUGGAGGACAAGAUUCCCAGAUGUACCUCAUCCAGCCCGAUGCCUUCACCACUCCAUACAAGGUGUACUGUGAUCAGUCCACCCAGAACGGAGGAUGGCUUCUCAUCCAGAACAGGCUCGACGGCAGCGUUGACUUUGGCCGACGCUGGGACGAAUAUCGUCGCGGAUUCGGGAACAUCGCCUUCGAUGCUGGCAAGGGUCACUGUGAGACUCCUGGUGAGUACUGGCUGGGUAAUGACCGCAUCAGCCAGGUGACCAAGAUGGGCCCGACUGAGAUUCUCAUUGAGAUGGAGGACUGGACAGGAGCCAAGGUCAAUGCCCAGUACCGCCAGUUCACCAUCCAGUCCGAGGCAUCCAACUAUGUGCUGGCCGUCGAUGGUUACUCUGGUAACGCUGGCAACUGUUUCCUGGAAGGAUCCCUUGAGCUGUUUGGUGAAAACCGUACUAUGACCAUCCACAACGGCAUGAUGUUCAGCACCUACGACAGAGACAACGACAACUGGAAUCCUGGUGAUCCAUCGAAGCAGUGUUCCAGGGAAGACGGAGGCGGCUGGUGGUACAACCGCUGCCACUCAGCCAAUCCCAACGGCCGAUACUACAUAGGCGGAGCCUACACGUCGCAAAUGGCCAAGCACGGCACAGACGACGGCGUGGUGUGGAUGAACUGGAAGGGAAGCUGGUAUUCGCUCAAGGCCAUCAGCAUGAAGAUACGGCCAUACUUUGCCUCCAGAUAGUCAUGCUGGAGGUGUCAACACAUACAAGACAUACAGGAAAUGGUCAGAAAGACCCAGAAAGGUUCAAUGUUCCAGAAAGAAUUUAUUUUUAAUGACAUAUCAGUUUUGUUAAUGCUGAACCACUGAAAGUUUGUUCUUAUUUGGCUGUGGCCUGUAUGCUAAUGGACACACACAUUUACACGAUCAUCACAGAGUCUGAAUAAAAUCACACAACAAGGAUGAAGAAAUUAAAAUCUUGCAUUAAAAAAAGUGACAUGCAGCAUUAAAGUGAAGGACUUAUGUGUAGAGAAGAUGUUUUAAUGUCAGACAGAUGUGUUUCCUUCAACUUGACGCAGAGAAACCGGAUGAGCUGUGACUAAAUCACCUGUGAUGUGUCCUUUCUUGUGAUGUGUGACGUCUUUGUUGUGCACCGUUAGUAUGAGUUGAUGCCAACUGUACUCUGCUACUCAAUAAAUGAGCCAAACUGUGUGCAACCUUC